GAAAGGACGGCCAUCAACUCUUGCUUGCGCCAUGUCGGACGUACGACGUGCAUGGGACGCUGCGGUGGACGCUGGCGACGUGCGCGCGAUGCGAGCGCUCCUAAGCCCCGAUGCUAUGGGCGACACGGGUGCCCACGUCGCUUGCGUUCGAUCCCUCCGCACCACUGGCAAGACCGACGUCGACCGGUCGUCGUUGGUGCACGCGCCUAUGGCCUCGGUAGUAUCGGCACCCGCGUGCACGGCGCUGCACGUCGCCAUGCGCAAGGGCUACACCGACGCGAUCGCGCUCCUUUUACAGGCCGGCGCCGAUCCCAACGUCCUCGACAUCAAUGCGUCGACGCCCUUGUACAUGGGCGCGGCCAACCCCCGCCGGUAUGCAGAGCUCCAGCUGCUCUUGGAAUAUAGCGCCAACGUGCAUUUGCUCCAGAACGGCGAGACAGUGCUCCACCGCGCGACCAAAGCCGGCCAUGCAACGCUCGUGGAGCUCUUCUUGCAGUUUGGCAGCUGCCCCAACAUGCUUAACAAGGCGUGGGAGACACCGUUGCACGUCGCUGCGCGCAAGCAAGAGCACGGCAUUGUCGCGCUUCUCUUACAGUACGGCGCCAACGCCAACGUCUUUGACAAUACGGGCACCCCGCUGCUGUUGCAAGCCAUUGCCAACGGCAACGACGUGUUGGCCCGACUCCUUCUCGAUGGCGGCGCCGACUGCAACCUUCGGGAUGCGCGGGGACACACGAGCAUGCACGCGGCGGUGGCAUCGUCCCAGCACCUCCUUGUGCGCAAGAUGCUGCAGCACCACGACGGCGAUGUCAACCUCCGCGACAAGCGAUCCAUCGGUGUCUCCAGCCUCGAGCUCGCACUGCAGCGACACGACACGGCGAUGGUCCACAUCCUGUUGGCCAGCGACACUGUCUCCACCGAGACGCGCCUUCGGUCGCUACGCGUGGCCAUCGAGCUGCACAGCGUAGUCCUCGCCCGGCUCGUCAUUGCCAACCACGCCCGCCUUUGCAACGAGGCAGGACACACAGCGCUGCAUGUAGCUGCGCUCUGUGGCGGCGACGUGGCCAUGGCGACGAUGCUACGAGAGAUGGGCGUCCCCCUCAACACCCCGGACAAGAUGGGGUGUACGCCGCUGGCGUACGUGGCCCAGCGACGUCACGUGUCGCUCUUCAAGCACCUGGCCGCGACCGGCGCCGUCAUUGUGACGUGGCCUCUCGUUGCCCAAGACAAGUACCGUACUUCGCUCUGGCCGUGGCUAUUAGAGUGCUCCCGCCACAGCCUGGCCAGCCUCCUCGAUGCGGUUGCCCCGCUGCUUGCGACCACGGCUUUGGUCCGUGUCCUUGCGGUGCUCUUGGACAAUGCCUUUACAAGUGCGGGUCUUGCCGUCGUGGAGCUGUGUUUGCAUUCGGCCUUGUCGCGGCGGCGGGAGAUUGUGGACGCCAUGUACACCUGGGCGGUCGCACAGCGCCGUGGGUACCUCGUCAAGUGCUUUGCGGAUCUACGGACAUUCUAGCUCUUGAGAUUGCGUUUUGAGAUUGCGUUUUGAGUUUUGAGUUUCGAUAAUAGAUGAUUGGUGGGCCAAGGCUGUAUAUGCUAGCAC